UCAGGUUUAAAUCGCGAUCUAUGAGAGUCGGGAGCCCUAUUCUGUCUUGAAUGGUUCGAAGGAGAACCCGCCGUGUGGUCUCUUCCGAUUCGGAUGCGACUACUGUGGACGAGCGAUCAGAGCUUCUCCGACAGGGAAAUGCUACUGAGAAAGAUGAUACACUGUCGUUGAGAUCCUUACGACGCCAGCGCCGACGCGCACCAUCGGAAGCGACAGAUGCCGCGUUUGCUGACGAAGGCACCGGUGACCGACCCAAAACCCCGUUACUGGUGGAAGAAGUCAGAAAGGAGAGAGUCGUGAGAUCUCGCAAGAGAGAGAGUGUUUCUAAGGACAAGACCCCAAAGCUGAAAAUCAAGAAAGCGAUACCCGUCGAGCAACUUCGAAGCCAUGAAACCAUCUUGGAAGAACCCACAACGCUGAUUGAUCCAAUGGAAGAGAUGUCAUAUGCCAAUACACAGAACCUCUCCUUGGAGAUAACACGCGAAUCAUGCAUUCCACCUUCUACUGAACCUUCAAAUUCUUCCCGAGAUGCCACAGAAAAAGAUGAAACUUUACAUGAGACAAUGCCAACCACAACCGCGGAGUUCUCGCCUGUUGAAGACAAAAUUCUGCGGAGGUCUAAGCGACUGGUAACGGAGACUGUGAAGGUCAACUGCGAGGUGAAAAUUUCCACGGACGAAGGUAGCAAAGCUGUCCCUAAGCGACGCAAACUGCAGAAGGAUGAUCAAGCAGCCAACCUCCAGCGAGAGCAAACCACUGCACCAUCAGGUCUUCAACGCUGGAUUAUCCCAAGCGCUCCCUUGCCAGAGCGUCGUGCAUCUAGCCCCCAACAAGAAACGCAGCUGUGGAUUGACAAAUACCACCCACUGUCAGAGAAUGAACUUGCUGUGAAUAACAAGAAGGUUUCCGACGUGAAAAAAUGGCUCGUCGAUGCCCUGUCCACUGCAGAUGGACUGCGACGUAGCAAGGGACAAACAGCGAAGCUCCUUGUAUUAACGGGUCCAUCUGGAGCGGGCAAAACUGCAGUCCUACGGACGCUAUCUAAGGAAAUGAACUUUGAGAUCCUUGAAUGGAGUAACCCAAUAAAUACAAACAUGAUAAAGCUAAAUGAAGACGAUAUGCACGCGGAUGUCGACGAAGAUCGACGAUGGCAGGCGGGAUAUAUAUCUUUGACUCGGCAAUUUCAAAACUUCCUAGCGUCUGCUAGUAAGACACCUGCCCUUACCUUUGUCAGUUCAGCAUCCCUCAAUGCAGAGACUAUCCCUACCCAUUCCCCGAGCGCCACUACACGCAAGAUCAUUUUAGUGGAGGACCUUCCAAAUGUCGCCCAUCUUUCCACCCGUACGGCUCUCCAUACAGCGAUUCGAGCCUAUAUCCGCUCUCCGCGUAGCCAGUUUCCUCUUGUAUUUAUUGUUACCGAUACUACUGUGGUGGAGCAUGGCAAUGAGAGGAGGAGUAACGGAAGGACAGACGUUGUAAGCGUAAGAACGUUAAUACCUGCGGACGUUAGCGCAUCCAGUGCGUAUACACAAAUAAGCUUCAAUCCGAUUGCUCCAACUUAUUUGGUGAAAGCUCUUACGCGGAUUACGGAUCUCGAGUUCCGUUCGCCGAUGCGCUCCUCCCUGCGUCCAGACAAGGAGAGCAUUGAGGUUAUUGCAAAAUCAAGCGGGGGGGAUAUCCGCUGCGCGAUAAAUGCCCUCCAGUUUCUCACAUUGCGGAUCAGCUCCAACUCAAGUAGUGCGGCUACUGCUCGGAAAGGCGCGCGAGCUAAGAACCGGACCCCCAAAGUCAAAAAUUCUAAUCUUCAAUUGGAUUACGUCGGAUCGCGCGAAACCAACUUGGCACUCUUUCAUUCACUUGGAAAGAUACUCUACAACAAACGGGAUGAGCUACCGUCCAAGGAAGCAUCCGAUAUGAAUAGCAUGCUGGCACAGUCAAGUCCCGAGCAGCUACCUUCCCAUCUCAGCGAGCAUUUUCGGCCGCCGUUGGCGAAUAAUCCAGAGGAAGCUUUCGAACGCGCCCAUCUUGACUCGGAAGCGUUUGGACUUUUUCUUCAUGAGAACUGUCUAUCGUUCUUUGUAGAGAUAGAAGAAGUCCAGACAUCCAGUGCAUAUUUCAGCAUCUCAGAUUUGUUUGCAGGAAACUGGCAGCAUCAAAUGCAACUCUCUUCGUACGCCGCGUCUGUCGCAUCCCGAGGUUUGCUAUUCGCCCACACCCAUCCCGUUCCCCCUCAAAGAUUCCGCCAGAUGCACAGGCCAGAGGAUUGGGCGGUGAGAAGACGAACACUAGAAUUUAAAAGCGGCAUACAGGAGGCGGUACUUGAUUGGACGAAAGCAGGUUGCGCAGGGGGUUCAAAUAACCCAGGCAUGCAUUUGACAGGCCGAUAUUCUUCAUCAGCCAUGUGCACGGAUGUACUACCGUUCCUUGGAAUAAUGAUGCGAUCGCCGCAACGAACGAUUCGGACUUCGUGGAGCGGGACAUCAGGACAAUGGCAGCACUCCCGUUCGGUGGUGACAGGUCCUGAGGGAUAUGGUGUGUCGGGAGGCCAUCGGUCCCAGAGACAGUCUCCAGCAAUCAUAGGAUCUGGUCAAUGGAAUACUGCUGUUUCUUCCCAUCACCGGCAUCUGCUUGAUUCCCUAUGCAACUACCGAAAAGGAUAUUACCAUGCCAGUGCUCGCGCGUUUGGAGAGAAGGAUGUAAAUGUUGAUUUGGUGGACGAAGUGGAAGCUACGGAACUGCCGACACGAAGCUCAAAUGCCUCAGAAUACUCUAACGGAAUCCACGAGCUGCCAGACCUAUCCAAGUUGGAUCUGGACGAAGAUAUCGUAGAUGACUGGUAGUAGCCAUGAUCACUUUCAAAUAGAUAUUGAUUCAUGUGGAUUUUGUUAGGCUGUAUCUAGUGCGAUGAAUACCUAACUUCUAAAUAGUUCAUGUAUAAUGGGCAUGCAAAGAGUUUAGGCUAUCUACACAUUCUUGUACCUAUACCGCUUCUCCUUCACACUUCGCACAAGCUCUCCUUUGUAACCCUGUGCGAU